AUGUUUGUGGGCAGCGACAACCUGCGGCUCGUGAACGCGAGCGGGUGGCAGACCAACGGCAUCACGGACAUGAGUCGCAUGUUCAUGAAGUGCUCGAGCCUGCAGAUGGUGUACGGCCUGGGCAGCUGGGACACGUCGAACGUGAUCAACCUGGAGCUGAUGUUCGAGGGCACCUACGUGGGUCUGAACACCACGCAGCAGACCCUGGCCAACUGGAACACGGGGAAGGUCCGGUCGCUCGAGGCCAUGUUCCGGAACGCCCCCUGGGUAAACCCCACCAUCUCCGACUGGGACGUGUCGGCGGUGACGUCCUUCCGGGAGAUGUUUUUCGCCGCGGCUAACGCCAACCCGGACGUGGCUAAGUGGCAGACGGGGAACGUGAAAUACUUCGACCAGAUGUUAUUGCAAGGAAAAAUGCCCCCACCCCCAAAUUUGCAAUAAUUUGUGAUGCGAAGUUUCCAAAUGAAAACUUUUUGUCAUGCAUGGAAGGAGUAUGAAUCUUUCUGAUGCAGAGUCUAGGCGUGUAUCUGUAUCGCAUCACUUGCAUGACAAGCGCCGCUCUUGCUAGGAUCUUUUGCAAUGCAAACUUUUGCUAUUCGUAUUCACAAUUGGAAAUCUGUGAUGCUGAUAGAUGCAAAAGGACGGGCGUUUCACUUGGAAAGGUUUGCAAUGCAAACGCUCCCAAGAAGUUCGGGGGUGGGGGCAUACAUUUUUCAUCGUAAUAGAUGUUCGCUUUCGCGUCCAAGGCCAAUCCGGACACCUCUAUUUGGAAGACGUCCAAGACGCGAUCUUUGAAAAACAUGUUCCAGGAUGCGUACGCGGCGAACCCCAAGGUGCACGAUUGGGACCUGCGCCAGGUCACCGACAUCUCCGGGAUGUUCCUGAAUGCGUACAACGCCCGGCCCUGCACCUACCGGUGGCAGGUGAGCAGCCUGCAGCAGAUGCAGAACCUCUUCCAGAACGCCUACUGCGCGACCCCGAACCUCGCGCCGUGGUUCGCGCCCGCCGCCUAUCAAAUGUAA